AUGGAAGUGACGCGAGCAACACCUCCGCCAUACUCGGCUUUAAGCCCCAACGACUACGGUCGACCACCUCUUCCGCCUGAUGAGAUGGUCGAAGCAAGACGCGCACAAGCAGACAUCACAUUGCCUGACCUCAAGACUGUCUUGUCGCCAGAAUUCCAGCAUUCGUCACCAGAACCAGACAAUGCUGGGCAAUAUGGUUCCCCAAGUCACUCGGUUCGCAGUCUACCUCGUAUUGAGCCAGGGCGUCAUGCCAACGACAGCACUUCAUCGAUGGAUGCGAUUGUGGCUAGCCCAGCAGAGGGCACAUAUCCGACAUUACAUGAGCAUAUGCGGUAUCAAGAUCCCUCCAAUACUCUGACUGGCGAACAGCUUAAAAUGCGUGAGGCUGCUGAGGCAUUGGCUGGACUCGGAAAUUCGAACUUUGCGAAAUCGCCGACCUCUUCACACAUGCAAGCACAUGCAACCUCGGCCAACGACCAACAACAAGCAGAACCUUUACUGCAUCUUCUGACACAAGCACAUCCGUUCAUUGGCGGUGCUGCUGGUGGUGCAUUGAAAGCAUACGCAAUAACAAAAUCAUACACACCAGGAUUUGUACAAGCAGGCGCAAACAUGGUCGAACGCAAUAUCGCUACACCAAUGAUUAGCACUGUUGGUUCUGUAGGCAGGUAUACUGGCGUUGAGCAGGCUGCUAGGUGGUAUCUUACGCCGAACGGUACGCGACAAGAGAUAUCUACUGAGGACGAAGAAGCAGGCCGUGGCAAGAGGAGGCGUAUCAUGAGUGAUGAUAUGGACGUGGAAGCAGGCCUUGCUGGAUCGCAGGAAGGCGCAAGGCGUGAGUCACAGGACUCGAGAUUGGAAUUUCUUCCCGCGUAUCGAGCCAGCAAACCACCGUCAUAUCGCGAAGAGGCCAGCCCAGCAACAACGGAUCGCGCAGUGAUGCGCCAACGACCAAUGCAUAAUCGCACUUGGUCGCAGCAAGUGAUUGUGUCUGCAGGAGGACUUGGAGUUGCACUCAGUGAUCGAUCUCGACAGACUCUCGCGUUUUGUUUGAACUUCCUCGGACGCAACGCCGAACAUAUCGCCACCGUCACCAACGCACUCAAACUAGUACUCGAGCAGUAUGAUCAAGCUCGCGAUCAGUUCCACCAGAACCGUGACUCAUCGUUGGAAAAGGGCGAGCGACCGCGUACUCCCGAUCAUGACGAUGCUUCACGCAGACUUGCCGAACUCAUGAAGAAGCAUUGCGACGACAUCAGCCAGACGCUAAAGCAGGUCGUGACUUCUGUCUCUGAAACAGCGGGUGGCGCACUGCCAACAAAUGCUCGAGCAUUCGUACGUGGCCAGCUUCUAUCUCUGCCACGUCGCUGGCAACGAGUUGCGAGUGAUCAAACGGGUGAGAGCGAGACCAGCCGCAACGCACAUCGCAUGAUUGCUUUUGCAACCGAGGGCCUAGAUAUGAUGGCUCAUGUUGGACACGCAUGUAAAGCCACCCUCGACUCCGCGGAGGCAUGGCUCAAAGCAGUUGGAAGGAGACCACAGGAGCAACAGCCUGCUGAACAUCACGAUUACAGGGAUGAGAAGAUGGGUAAUGGUGGCGCUGAGCAUGCGCAGUAA